AUGUCAUCAUUUUGGAAGGAUAAUUAUUUCGGUAUUCGUUAUUCUAACGACACAUGGGGAUCAAAUGCUGCCAAUGAGGAGGAGGAGGUUGUGUCUGGAGUCCCUGUUAAUCAAGAAACACAGUUGCCAGACUUGAACAAGACUCCCACUCCACCUCAAUCGUAUCUGGGUUAUGGGGUAUACGGGGAUGAAGGUGGAUACGGAAGUUACAGUGGAUACGGUGGUGAUGGUGGAUACGGGGGUGAAGGUGGUUACAGUGGAUAUGGGGGCUACGGUGGAUACGAUAGAUAUGGGGGUGACGGUGGUUACAGUGGAUACGGGGGUGAAGGUGGUUACAGUGUAUACGAUAGAUCUAGGGAUGAAGUUGGAUACGGUGGAUACGAAGAACAUGGUGGAUAUGGUUAUGAGUCCCGUAACACAUCACUUUAUGAACCAUCUACCCCGGGCAAUCCAUUUCAAGUAAAUGAGCGUUUCAUGUCUCUAACUGAUUUGAAGAAUUGGGUACAAGAAACGGGAAAGGAUAAUGGUUACGUAAUUGUUACCCGCCGAUCAAAAAAUAUUGGCGGUACUACUGGGAUGGUAUGGCUUGUGUGCGACCGUAGUGGUGAACACCGUAGUAAAGCAACAGUUAGGAAAGCUGGUAGCAAAAAAAUCGGCUGCCCAUUUUCAUUACUCGCCAUCCGGGACGUGACGAACGACACGUGGGAGUUAAAAGUGGACUGUGCGAACCAUAACCACGAACCUACGACGAGUCUGUUGGGCCACGCUUUUGUGCGAAGAUUUACUAAAGCCGAAUACAAGCUAGUGGAGCAGCUAACUGCUCAAAACAUGGAGCCACGUAUCAUAUUUCAAACCCUAAGAAAGCAGUUCCCCGACAGCCUGCACGUUCAGAAAGACGUGCAAAAUGCGGUACAAAAAAUUAGAGCGACAAUAAUGGACGGAAAGAAUCCUAUUCAGGCACUGGAAAGCCUGCUGCAUGACCGCCGAUUCAUUUACGACACCCGACAAGAUCCCAAAACAGAUGUCGUAACAGAGAUUUUCUUUGUUCAUCCUUAUUCAAUCACUAUGUGGCGUGCAUUCCCGCACGUGAUGUUGAUCGACGCGACCUACAAAACAAACCUCUACAACAUGCCAUUUGUCCAGGUUGUGGGUAUGACGUCGACUGGGAAGUCUUUUUGUAUCGCACAUGCCGUUAUUUGUAAAGAACGAAGGGGUAACUACGUGUGGGUGCUUGAGCGGAUCCAGUCAAUAUUGCAUGAAUGUAUGAUGCCGCGUGUGAUAGUCACGGAUAGGGAGCUUGCCCUAAUAAACGCGUGUUCUAAAGUAUUCCCGAACGCAAAAAGGCUUCUAUGCCACUUUCACAUCCAACAAAAUAUAGCUAGAAAGUGCAAGUCAGGGUUCGAUAAAGAAGAUUGGGGGAAAUUUAUGUCGUACUGGCGGACAUUGUGCGAAUCUUCAUCAGAGCCCAUGUACAAGUACAACUUGGAGAAAAUGUAUAACCGACUCGUGGUUGCCAACCGAGAAAGUGUCUAUGAUUACGUCUACGAAAACUGGCUCAAAGACUAUAAAGAAAUGUUCGUUUAUGCGUGGACCGAUAAGUGUCGCAACUUUGGUCAGCGCACCACCAACAGAGUUGAGAGCCAGCACGCAAAUUUAAAAAGAUACAUUACGCGCGGGAGUUCAUUGGAGCGAAUAGCAAGAUGCAUCAUUGAUAUAGUUGAAACUCAGUACGAUGAAAUACAAAAAAGUUUCAUUGAGAGCAUCGAAAAAACGAUGAACCACCACAGACACCGAAUAGCUAUUGAGGAAGAUGGAUGUGUUGCGGAAACUUAA